GAUCCCAGUGACUUCAGCAUCGGCGUACAACAUUCCAACUCUCCAGUAGCAAUGGCGUUCAAGUUUGUCGUCUUCCUCGCUUCCCUGGCCGUUGCCAGCGCUGGAUACCUGCAGGAAGCUCCAUUGUCCUACAGCACUCUGUCGCAUGCUGCCCCACUGGCCUACAACAGCUACGCCCAUGCUGCUCCAUUGGCGUACAACAGCUACGCUCAUGCCGCCCCGGUGACCUAUGCUGCCCAUGCCAGCUAUGCCACCCCGGCCAUCGGAGCUACCCACGAGAGCACCUUCCGUGGACACGACGCCACUGUGUCGCACCACUCCAAGGCCGUCGAUACCGCGUUCUCGAGCGUCCGCAAGUCCGACACCCGCAUCACCAACGAAGCCCCCAAGCUGGCCUACACUAGCUACGCUGCCCCAGCUCUGACGACCUACGCCCAUGCUGCUCCAGCAGUCGCCACCUACGCCCAUGCUACCCCUGCUCUGUCUUACGCCCAUGCUGCUCCUGCUCUGUCCUACACCCGCUCCUACCCCACUGCCCUGUCUUACCCGCGCUCGUAUGCUGCCCCCGCUCUGACCACCUACGCCCAUGCCGCCCCGGUUGUGGCCGCCCAUGCCACCAAGACCCUGACCUACUCGCCGGCGGUCGAGGUCGCCCAUGUUGCGUACGACGGUAGCCACGCCCAUUACUCUUUCCGCUGCGGCAAGUCACAAACCAGUAUCAUUGAUCCCAGUGACUUCAGCAACAGUGUACAGAGCAGCUCUCAAGUGACAAUGGCAUUCAAGUUUGUCGUCUUCCUCGCUUCCCUGGCCGUUGCCAGCGCUGGAUACCUGCAGGAAGCUCCAUUGUCCUACAGCACUCUGUCACAUGCUGCCCCACUGGCCUAUAACAACUACGCCCAUGCUGCUCCAUUGGCGUACAACAGCUACGCUCAUGCCGCCCCGGUGACCUAUGCUGCCCAUGCCAGCUAUGCCACCCCGGCCAUCGGAGCUACCCACGAGAGCACUGUCCGCUCCCAUGAUGCUACCGUGUCUCACUACUCCAAGGCCGUCGACACGCCAUACUCGAGCGUCCGCAAGUCUGAUACCCGCAUCACCAACGAAGCCCCCAAGCUGGCCUACGCUAGCUAUGCUGCCCCGGCUGUUGCCACCUACGCCCAUGCUGCUCCUGCCGUGUCCUACGCCAAGCAGGUCAGCUAUGCCACCCCAGCUGUCGCCACCUAUGCCCAUGCCGCUCCAGUUGCCACCUACGCCAAGCAGGUCAGCUAUGCUGCCCCAGCCCUGACCACCUACGCUCAUGCUGCUCCAGCUGUGUCCUACGCCAAGCAGGUCAGCUAUGCUGCCCCAGCCAUCUCUACCUACGCCCAUGCUGCCCCAGCCGUGUCCUAUGCUGGUUCUUAUGCCCCAGCUCUGUCCUACGCCCAUGCUGCCCCAGCUGUUGCCACGUACGCUCAUGCUGCUCCAGUGACCGUUGCCAAGCAGGUUAGCUAUGCUGCCCCAGCUCUGACCACCUACGCCCAUGCUGCCCCUGCUGUGGCCACCUACGCCCAUGCCACCCCGGCCAUCGCCUCGCACUCCACGGUUGCCCAUGUUGCCUACGAUGGUAGCCACGCCCAUUACGCUUUCUAAGGUGUUUUUGAUUUCAAUUGUUGAAAUGUUGUAAAUAUUGUACUGAUUUUUGUUGGAAUGUCAUGAAUUGAUGCAUUAAAAAAUGUGUUGAACAACA